AUGGACAAGUCCAUCACAUACAGCAUUGAUCCCACCGAGGAUGUCAACGAUGAUGGUGUCGUCCUCGAUGAGAAAACGGGAACGGUUGCGGACAGGAAUGCCAUGGCGCGUUUGGGCAAGGAACAGCUCUUCAAGGCCAAUGAACAGCGUAACUUUGGUUUCGUGUCUAUUUUCGGCUUUGCCCUCAUCAUCAUGAGCACCUGGGAGACGAUAUUAUCGACUCUGGCCUUUGGACUAGGCAAUGGCGGGCCUGGGGGCCUCAUCUGGACCUUCGUUGCGGCGUAUAUCGGCUUCACCCUCGUCAGUGUUUCAAUGGCUGAAAUGGCCUCCAUGGCUCCUACCUCUGGCGGACAAUAUCAUUGGGUUUCUGAAUUUGCUCCUCCAAAUGCCCAGAAAUUGCUGUCAUACUUCAUCGGCUGGUUCGGCAUCCUUGGUUAUCAGAUCGGAACAACCAUUGGUGCAUUUGUUGCUGGCACCAUGAUUCAAGGUGUCAUCAUCUUGAACAAUCCCGACACAUACAAUCCUCAACGAUGGCAUGGAACCUUGAUCGCAAUGGCUAUCACCAUUUGUGUGGCCCUCUUCAACAUUUUCCUUGCGAACCACCUCCCACUGGUCGAAGGAAUCAUCUUGGUGCUUCACGUUGCCGGAUUUGUGGCUAUCUUGGUGCCCCUCUGGAUUAUGGCUCCGCGUACUCCGAGCUCCGAAGUGUGGACCUCCUUCACGGAUGGCAACGGCUGGGGGAGCAUCGGAGUUGCCUGUCUCGUCGGCAUGAUCACCAAUGCUGGUGCAUUAGUCGGGGGUGACGCCGCGGCGCACAUGGCCGAGGAGUUGAAGAGUGCCUCGAAGAUCCUGCCCAGGGCCAUGAUCUGGACCAUAGCCGUCAAUGGUCUUCUGGGAUUUGUCAUGCUUGUCACAUUCCUCUAUACGUUGGGGAACUUGGAUGAGGACCUCGCGUCGCCGACGGGCUACCCUGUCAUUCAGGUGUUCGCCACGGCCACUGAGUCCAACGGUGGUGCGAUCGGGCUAACCACAAUCCUCAUCAUCUUGAAUGUUUGUGCCAACCUAACCACUAUGGCCGGCUCUUCCCGUCAACUGUUCUCCUUCGCUCGGGACAAGGGGGUUCCUUUCCACCGCUGGGUAUCUAGAGUUCCCCCUGGGUACGACGUUCCGGUCAACUCUAUUAUCGUCUCGGCCCUUUGCUCAUGCGUUUUCCACUGCAUCAACAUUGGCUCGUCAAUUGCCUUCAACAUCAUCAUGUCCAUCGGCACAGUCGCGCUGAUCACGAGUUACAUGACCUCGAUCGGCAGCAUUACCUGGAGACGGAUUCGUGGCUUGCCUCUUCUUCCAUCCAAGUUUUCUCUCGGCAAGUUCGGCCUCGGGAUCAACAUGGCCGCACUUUGUUUCUGCGCCGUGGUCUAUGUCUUCUCAUUUUUCCCUCCAAUGCCAAAUCCACCAGCGGCGUCAAUGAAUUGGGCCUGUGCCGUAUACGGAGGAGUUGUAUUGCUGGCUUUCACCUACUAUGCCAUCCGUGCACGACAUGUAUAUGUCGGACCUGUGGCUUAUGUCAAUAAGAGCGCUUGA